GUGCGCGUGAAAUGUUGUGCACCGCGAGUUCAGCUGGCAGUCAGUCUGGUGGUUGGAGGCGCAAGGGUCGUACGCACGGAGAUGGCCGUGCCGCUCAGCUGAACGCACUCUCUGCCACCCUUUCGCUCUCGCCGCCCGUUCCCGAACGGCCAACAACCAUGGGGGCGAUGCACCCGUCCAACAGGCGCGUGGUUAACCGGGCCGACAGCGAGAAGGAAGAUGUGAACUUCGACCAUUUCCAAAUCCUGCGAGCCAUCGGCAAAGGCAGUUUUGGAAAGGUAUGCAUUGUGCGCAAAAGGGACUCGGGUCAGUUGUACGCAAUGAAGUACAUGAGUAAGGCCCAAUGCCGGUUGCGCGACGCUUUGAAAAACGUCCUUCGCGAGGUGGAAAUCCUCUCUUCAUUGGAUCACCCGUUCCUAGUCAACCUGUGGUUCUCCUUUCAAGACGAGGAGGAUUUGUUCCUGGUGACGGAUCUGAUGCUGGGCGGAGAUUUGCGAUAUCACCUCUCGCAAAGGGGAACCUUUUCAGAGUCGAGUGUCGCUCUGUUUGUUUACGAACUGGCUCUCGCGCUGGACUAUUUGCAGUCGAGGAGGAUUGUUCACAGGGACAUAAAGCCGGAUAAUAUUCUGCUUGAUGAGGAAGGACAUUCACAUAUCACAGACUUCAACAUAGCGUCAGUUUUAGAAGAAGGGCAGCUCGCUACAUCCAUGUCGGGGACCAAGCCUUAUAUGGCUCCUGAAAUAUUUGCGUGUGCCGCCGACGAGUGCGUUGGCUACAGCUUUGCGGUCGACUGGUGGUCGUUGGGCGUCGUGGCCUUUGAACUGGUGUGCGGGUCGCGGCCCUUUGACAUUCACUCGUCUACGCCGCUGAGCGACGUGCAGACCAUCCUGGCCACGCAACCCUCACAGCCCAUCGACGUCAGCGGCAGGAUGUGGGACCUUCUCGCCAGGUUGCUGAGUGCCCGACCUGGUGAGCGGCCUUGCUCGUUGGAGGAACUUCCUCUGGCCGCUUUGCUCCCUGGUUCUGGAAAGGAAACUAUUCUCAGCAAAUCCAUCACGCCUCAAUUUACGCCACCGAAGGGCCACUUGAACUGCGAUCCAACUUUCGAGCUCGAGGAGAUGAUAAUUGAGGCGCGGCCUCUGCACAAAAAGAAGAAAAGGCUCGCCAAGCAGCGUUCCAUCCGUGAAAAUCAGCUCAGCCUUGAUUUGGAUCCUGAACUGGCCGAUCCAGACUCGCCGACGAUGAUAGCCGAGUUCAGGAUUUUCAACCGCGAACGAGAAAUGGAGAGAAAGGAGCGAGAAGAAAGAGAGGCAGCCUGGGAGCAGGAGUUAAUCCAGGCGAUGAAUGCCAGCGAGAUGUCAUCGAUUCCAAUCAAGAAGACGACAGCCAUGUCUUUAGACGAGGAAUUGCUCGAAGAGCUGGAUGAAGAGGAGGAGGAUGAGAACGACGAGACUGAAGCGGACAAGCAGUUGCCGCAGCAAGACAAUCAAGGCCAGCAGAGCGAGUUGUCACGCAGCUUGAGCACCUCGUCCGGCGUAACGGCCAAAAAGUGACCAAAGGCCGCUGGAUCAUCUGACUCGAGUGAAAAGCUGAUCUGACUUUUUCCUUCAAAUGGAGCAGUCAGUUCAAAACUACAGCGACCAAAGCUCCUGUUGCUUAUGCAAUGCGCCGGGACUUGGAGUGAUGCAGGUUGUAUAAGUGCAAUUCUCUGAUAGAGAUUGCGUCUUUAACUCUCUCGGAUUUUAAAUUUCUAUCGAGCUCGCACUCCACGCACUGCAGUGGAAUAUUUUGGUAGAGAAUUUUUAUUUUUAGCAAAUGUAUCUUUUACCCACCAGUCGAAGGUGAUAAAAGAGGAAAUAAUAGUAGUUGUGUAUCAUAAAAUGCUGAACUUCUGAAAAGCAAUUUCAAUUUUCAUCAAGUACAGCGAAAAGAUUUCCCUCAAGCUUCUGAAUAUGUUUUCUUCAUUUUGACUUGCGAAGUUUCCAACUCGAGAUGUCGCAAACUGUAAGUGAAGCACCAUAUCACAGAAAGUUUAAAAGUUCUCUCUUUAAACGCUGUUUAAACUUGAUGCCAAAACGGGUGAAUAAAAAACUAUGCGUGCGCGUAUUUCUGUUUCUACCAAAGGAAGAAGGGAGUUUCUUCUUGUUAAAUGAAUAAUCAAUCCAUUUCACUAAAACAUCCCUACCAACAGGUGCUCGAAAGCAAACUAAACGCGCAUAAAAUAAGCCGAAUAUCAGUAUUAUAAUGGAAAAGUUCCACCUUGACGUGUACAUAUAUUUUUGGACGAGAACCAAAUCUCAUUCUAAAUAAUUAAAAGUAAUAUAAAUAUAUAUACAUUUUAAAAAAAUCAGCAUUUACUUGGUGAGUUGUGAUGAAAGAGGAAGAAGUUAUGCUGGGAUGUGAACUACGCAAACUACGUGUAUGUGCCUGAAAUUUGUCUAAUCUAUCAAUCAUUAGCUGAAAAUGAGAGUAAAUGAAUUAAAAAAACUAUUACCUGCUUAAAAAGGAAAAGAGUUCCGCACCGAUCAAAGAAAUUCUCAUUUCGCCGCGCAAAAUCACAAAUAUGCACUACAUUGGGGCCACAGAAGAAAGGAAUCAUAGUUAACCAAUAUUAUCAAAUCAAAACCCGAUAGAACCACUUUUAUUGCACAAAAUUAAAUGUGGCACAAGUGAAUAAAAUAUUUAAAAUCGCAAUCUUUUUCAUGUUCCAACAAAGGGGCUUUUUUAUCUGUCUGACUUUAGAUUAGUGAGGCUGUUUUAAAACAUCCAGUUUGAAUAAAGAUAUUUCGCGAACGGCAAAGAGUUUUGGAAGUUCAUUUGUGAUAAAAAUUUUCUUUACGAAUCCUAAGGUGUAAAAAUACAUCUGUUUGCCGUUGUCGAUGUUUGCUAAUAAAGGAAUGUCGUGUAA